UGUGGGCUCACGGUGCCCACACUUCGAUUUCAGCUUCUUCCGCUGAAGCUUCCAAAAUGUCUGGUCCUCUCAAUCGAACUUAUCUUCUUCUUCCUCCUUAAUCUCAAUUCAGCACAUAAAAUACAAACCAUACUUCAAAAAAUCAUACUUCCUGGGAUUAAGUUCUUGGAAUUGGGAGCACUGCUCGUCAAUGGAGUUCACCUUGAAGCUCCCAAAUCAUCCGCCUCGUAGUUAUGGCCGAAACUCUCUUACUCCACUUCAACGUUCAAGCUUGUAUGGCAACAAACCUGCCUCCCUCGUGCGACCCAGACGGAAAGUUACGUGCUCUUCCGCUUUCGGGAUAUUACAGGCUAUAUUACAAGGAAUUCUGCCCCUUUUCCGUCCACCAUGGAUUGUCACAGACAUUUUCUUCCAAACGUAGCUCGGGGCACACAACUCAAAACAAGAAGUAUAUCACAUCUGUGAAACCAGUGAAUGAGGAAUUAGUAGAGGAUAAGUCCAAGGAUCUCCAAGUGUCUGGGGAUUCUAUUCGUCGUCGGUUUCUUCAAUUUUACGCUUCCCGUGGACACAAAGUUCUUCCCAGUGCUUCUUUGGUCCCAGAAGACCCCACGGUUUUGUUGACAAUUGCAGGAAUGCUUCAAUUCAAGCCUAUAUUCCUUGGAAAGGUACCUAGACUGGUGCCUUGUGCUGCAACUGCACAAAGGUGCAUACGUACAAACGAUGUAGAGAAUGUAGGUCGAACAGCUCGGCAUCAUACGUUCUUUGAGAUGCUUGGAAACUUCAGUUUUGGUGAUUACUUCAAGAAAGAAGCGAUUAAGUGGGCAUGGGAACUGACAACCAUCGAAUUUGGGUUGCCAGCCAACAGACUAUGGAUUAGUAUAUACGAAGAAGACGACGAAGCUUUUGCAAUAUGGCAUGACGAGGUUGGUGUUCCUGUUGAACGUAUAAAGAGGAUGGGUGAGGAUGACAACUUUUGGACGAGUGGUAUCACAGGUCCAUGUGGUCCGUGCUCCGAGAUUUAUUAUGAUUUCCAGCCUGAAAAGGGGCAUUCUGAUGUUGAUUUGGGGGAUGAUACAAGGUUUAUGGAGUUCUACAACUUAGUUUUCAUGCAAUACAACAAAAAGGAUGAUGGCUCCCUCGAACCAUUGAAACAGAAGAAUAUAGAUACAGGGCUCGGUUUAGAGCGCAUGGCUCGUAUUCUCCAGAAAGUUCCGAACAAUUAUGAGACGGAUUUGAUCUACCCCAUUAUACAGAAGGCCUCAGAAUUAGCUCAUGUGACAUAUGACACUGCUGAUAAUCAAUCAAAAACAAGCCUUAAAAUCAUUGGGGAUCAUAUGCGUGCAAUUGUAUACCUGAUAUCUGAUGGAGUCGUCCCAUCCAACAUUGGGAGAGGAUAUAUUGUUCGUAGGCUUAUCCGAAGAGUUGUUCGUACUGGUAGGCUGCUUGGAAUAAAGGGGGACGGAAAAGGCAAUACUGAUGGGGCAUUUACACCACAUAUUGCAGAAAAGGUCAUUGCAUUAAGCUCCCAUAUCGACGAGGACGUGAAGGGUAGGACAGGCCGCAUUCUCGAGGAGCUGAAAAGGGAAGAACUUAGGUUCGUACAGACACUAGAGAGAGGGGAAAAACUGCUUGAAGAGAUGCUAGCUGAUGCAUUGGCAAGUGCUAAAGAAGAUGGAAGAUUUCCUUGCUUGGCUGGUAAAGAUGCAUUUCUGUUGUACGACACGUACGGGUUCCCGGUGGAGAUUACGACAGAGGUUGCUCAAGAGCGUGGUGUAGUAGUUGAUAUGAAGGGCUUUGAUAUCGAAAUGGACAAUCAGAGACGACAAUCUCAAGCUGCACAUAAUGCUGUCAAGCUGGAAGUUGGAGAAGGUGCAGAUAUCAUGGAAAACAUCUCUGACACAGAGUUUCUAGGAUAUGAUAUGCUCUCUGCUAAAGCCAUUGUAGAGAGUCUUAUUGUGAAUGGUAAAUCUGUAUUACAGGUCUCGGAAGGACACGAUGUCGAAGUUUUGUUGAAUAGAACGCCGUUCUAUGCGGAAUCUGGUGGUCAGAUUGGAGACCAUGGUUUCAUCUAUAUUUCAGAAGGUGAAAACAGAGGAAAUGUAGUAAUGGAGGUAAAAGAUGUACAAAAAUCUGCAGGGAGCAUAUUUGUUCAUAAGGGUACCAUCAAACAGGGAGUUCUAGAGGUUGGAAGAGAAGUGAAAGCAGAAGUAGAUGCAAAAUUGAGGCAGGGAGCCAAGGUUCAUCACACUGCCACACAUUUGCUACAAUCUGCGCUUCGAAGGAUUAUAGGCCAAGAAACGUCACAAGCUGGUUCCUUGGUUGCCUUCGAUCGGCUCAGAUUUGAUUUCAACUACCACCGACCUCUGGCCGACACCGAGAUCUUACAAAUUGAAGAGUUAAUCAAUGGUUGGAUUGGAGAUGCAGUGCUUCUUCAAACUAAAGUUAUGCCUCUUGCAGAAGCCAAAAGCGCAGGGGCUAUUGCUAUGUUUGGAGAGAAGUAUGGAGAAGAGGUACGUGUCGUUGAGGUUCCUGGCGUGUCGAUGGAGCUCUGUGGUGGGACUCAUGUAUUCAACACUUCAGAAAUACGAGGUUUUAAAGUCAUCUCGGAGCAGGGCAUUGCGUCGGGCGUUAGGCGAAUAGAGGCCGUGGCUGGUGAUGCUUUCAUCGAGUACGUUAAUGCUAGAGACUACCAUAUGAAGCGGUUGUGCACCAUGCUCAAAGUAAAAGCUGAAGAUGUUACAACCCGAGUAGAAAACCUCGUCGAGGACUUGCGGUUGGCGAGAAAUGAAAUCUCUAAUUUGCGUGAAAAAACUGCGGUUUUUAAAGCAUCAAGCCUUGCUAAUAAGGCAUUUGUGGUUGGAACUUCAAAAGAGAUCAGGGUACUAGUCGAGUAUAUGGACGAUACCGAUGCCGAUUCACUAAAAGGUGCAGCCGAGUUCCUGAUGGACAAUCUUCAAGAUCCCGCAGCUAUCGUACUAGGCUCCUGUCCAGGCGAAGGAAAAGUGAGUUUAGUAGCAGCAUUUACGCCAACUGUUGUUGAUCUGGGAGUGCAGGCAAGGAAUUUCAUAGGACCUAUAGCUAAGUUGUGUGGUGGAGGAGGGGGUGGGAGGCCCAAUUUUGCUCAGGCAGGUGGAAGAAAACCUGAGAACUUGUUGAACGCACUCGAAAACGCUCGAACAGAGCUUGUUCGAAUCUUAUCUGAGAAGGCAAGCUAGGACUCAUUCGAAUCGUAGACGGAAUGCAUUCGUGGCAUCACGGGUUAGAGCUCAUAUCCUUGAAUUGGUACAGUAUCUUUGGAAGAAGCAUGGAUAUAAAAUGUAAUAGAUCUGUGAGAGAUUCUUGUUGCUCCAUGUUACAAGAGUUAUUGAUUCUUUGAAUGAAACUCUCAUACAUGUUUGGAAAAGGAAAAACAGCCAUCUCUGAAAGAAUCAAUGGCUAUUCACUUCUUUCAAACUUGGGAGAGAGAUAGCCCUCUCGAACGGGUUAUUGUUAUAUCGUAAUAUUGUAGUGUCUCUUCGAUAUUGCAAUAUGUUCAUAUGGUUUUAAACCAUGAAUGGGAUACUCAUCAUAUUUAUCAUGGA